UUCACCAGUCUGUCUCUUAGAGCAAUGAAAACUCUGAAAGAAAAUAGUAAACCCAAUGUAGUAAAAGAUUUUGUGAAAUGCCUUGGAACAAAAAGACCAAAUUCACAGGAACCACUGAUGCCGGUCACACGGAUGCCUUUUGGUUUAAUUCAGCACCAGAUUCAGUUCUUCUGUGCUAGUGAUAUUAGACAGAUUUCCAUACCAGAUGAUUAUUUUCAGUGGUUGGAAACCUUAGAUGCAGAAUUUGAAGACAAACUAGGAAGAAUUUUGCGAGGUCCAAUGUGGAGUGGUCAACCUGCCAACUGUAUUGGGAAACCUUUAGAGGCUAGAGUGAACUUAGCAGCUGUCAGCAGAUCCACACUUCACAGAAGAACAUCAGCGUUUGCUUUUACAGAAUCUCCAGCUAUUCAGAUCCCAGCCAUUAAACUUUUGACAGAGGUAAAUCCAGAAGGGCAGUACUGGUUAAAACUGGACGGAACUGAUCUGAAAGACUCACUUCAACACUCUGUGAAAGAUGUUUGGAAUGGUGAUGUCAAUUUGAAUGAUUGUAAACUUGAUACUUUACGAGAACAGUAUGAAAGCAGACUUAAUUGGAUGAAUUCAAUACACACUUUGAAUAAUGCUAAUUUAGAAACUGGUGUUCAACAGCUGAAAAUUGAAUUAGAAUAUGAUUGCCAAUUUUUAGAAAAAGGUUUCCAAUCAGCUUGUAAUACUCUUCAAACAAAAGUGAAAGUGAAAACAACAAAUGCAGAAACUCUUAAAAGUUUGAAUUGGGAGGUUGUGGAGUUUAAUCAACUUUUACAAGAUUGCACUGAAUACCAAAGGAAACUACAGAAUUGUUCAAUGUACAUAGAUCUCCUGAAAUCCAUGAAGAAUGACUUCCUUACCUACUUGAAAAACUUGUUCAAAAAGAAUAGAACAGCAGCAAGUCAUGUAUUAGUAAUUGCAAUUUCAGAUGAAAAAAGAAGUAAAAAGCCAUACACACUUCCUAUUCAGUAUAUCCCUUACAAGUCACUAAGAGAUCAGCAAGUCAGGGAUUUAACAACUCCUAUAAAGAAAGCGAUGGCAGAAGCUGGAUUGAAAGUAGUUGGUACAGUAACAGAUGGUGAAUUCAACUCACUUAGGUCACAGGGAGACACUGGACCCCUUCACAUAUGGCAACUUAUCCAUGAUUCCAGAGAGGCAUUGAGGAAGAUGUCAAAGUUAACAUUGAUUUCCAUGCUUACCUAUGUUGGAGAAGAUGAAAAUGGUAACCCAUUUGCGGAGAGAUCUAAUGAUGCUAUACCCGGAGAUGUAAUUGUUGAUAUAAAAAAAAUGAAGGAUGAAGGAUUGUCCUUUCAAGACAGCAUUGUCAAUUUUAGGAGAAGACUUAUUCCAGAUGGUUAUGAACCAUAUCCAUUCCGAAAAGACACACCAGAGUCGUAUCUAGACAUGCUUCGUACUGUUGUUGCCACAUAUAUAUACAGAGACAUCGUUCUAAAAUUGAAACAGGAGGAGAAUGGCAACCUCAACUAG